CCUCCCGAUGAUGAAAUUCGUCCAGCGGAACGUCGCCCAUCCACACCAAGACCAAGAGGACAUCGGCGCGUCGCGUAUCGUCCGUGUUCGUCUGCCGCAAGUAAUUGCUGGUGGUCCGGCAGAGUGUCGCCACCGGUCCGACACAACCGAGGUCUUUCGUAGUUAGGGCUUAACUAAGUAAAUUUGGCGAGAAUCGCCUGGCCUGGACGCUAGUGGAGUACACGCAAUCCAGAGACCGAAAACCGCCAUCAUGCUCCGAUCGUACAAACUGUAUCUGAUGCUGCUGGUCAGCUCGAUCUUCUUCAUCGUGUGCCAGAACCAGGGUUCGAUCACGAAUCUCGUCAGCAACGUGUCCGCCACGUCCGGGACCGGGUCCGACGAAGAUCCGGUCGGCCCCCAGGGACUGGUGGGGGCCGAUAGCGACCUAACGGCGUUCGGGGAACCGGAACCGGGGCUUGCGGAGAAGAUCCGCUCCAGGAGUCUUAACUUCAAGGAGCUGCCACUGAAGCUCGACCGCUCAUCGUCGACGUCGGCCGCAACUAGCAGUUCGGCGGCGGCCGCAACAAGUCCCACGUCCGCCUCGACGACGGUGUCCACGACGACGACGUCGACGACGACUACUUCUACGACGACCACCGAGAAACCGACGGUGGUUAGCAAAGAAACAGCGCCGGACAGUGUCGGACAGCAGGCAGCGUAUCGAUUUCCGGUGGACACGGCCGUGCUGCCGCCACUGUACAUCAUCACACCGACGUACCGGCGGCCGGAGCAGAUCCCGGAGCUUACCCGGCUCGGUUACACGCUGAAGCACGUGCAGAACGUCCUGUGGAUUGUGGUGGAAGACGCGGACAGCUGCACCGAGACCGUGGCCCGCCUGCUGGACGAGAUCGGUGUGCCGUACGUGCAGCUCGCAGCGUCCAUGCCGUCGCAGUAUCGCAAGCAUAAAGUAAAACCACGAGGAGUUUCCAACCGCAAUCGGGCGCUCCAGUGGAUCCGGGCAAACGCCACCGAAGGGAUCCUGUACUUUGCCGACGACGACAACACCUACAAUCUGAAGCUGUUCGAGCAGCUUCGCCGAGUGCGCAAGGUGGCCAUGUUCCCGGUCGGGCUGAUAUCGAAGUUUCAGGUGAGCUCACCGAUCGUGAAGAACGGCACGAUAACGGGCUUCUACGAUGGGUGGCUCGGUGGGCGCAAAUACGCCCUGGACAUGGCCGGGUUCGCCGUGUCCGUCAAGUUUCUGCACUCCCGCCCCAAAGCCCAGAUGCCGUUCAAACCGGGCUACGAAGAGGACGGCUUCCUGCGCAGCCUGGAGCCGCUCGAGCUGAAGGAGGUGGACCUGCUAGCGUCCAACUGUACGGAGAUUCUGACGUGGCACACGCAGGCGAGGAAAAAUCCGCCAGCUCCGGCCCUCGACCGCUCCAAGUACUCCGGCACGAACCUGCUCAAGCUGACGAACUGGCUGGUGUAGAAAGAGUGGACCACGACCGGACACCAACUGGUGGUACCGCGUUGGUUGAAAAAAUUAUCCGUCUGGGUGUUUAAACAAAUGCCGUAGGAGCGGGCUGCAGAAUCCCCGGAAUAAUGUCCUGCAGGAGCAGCGAGAGUGCCAGAGGGAGAGAGAUGGAGCAUGGAAUGUCACGCGCUGGAAUAGUGGGACAGGACGACGGUGCGUCGGGUGCGUUCGUUUUUGUAACAAAAACUGUUCGAAACAUUACUUAGAUAGCGACUCUUCGAGAGGAUACCAAGUGCUGCUGCUCAAAUUCGUCUGCAAAUGGGUUUGUGUCGCACAGAAGCACCACACAUUGGUACUUAAGUGAUCGGCAGAUUGGAACGCGACCCCGGUCUCUUUCCUUCCGUUUCCGGUCUGUCUGUCUGCAAGUUGUUGGUUGCAAAGAUAAAUACAAAACGAACUGAUGUAUUAGGCGACCAAUAAAUUGAUCGAACUAUCUGAAAGGGCCGCGUUUUAAGACUAGAGAUAGAAUAGGUUAGACCAGAGAAGUGGCCAAAACUGUUCACAAAUCUACACAAACCACUAGCAAUGUUCUGGUUUCUUUGGUUUAGUCGACACCGAAAAGUGUGAUAAGCGUAUGGCGGCGAUGGGCGCAAAGUUUCGAGAUACGGUUAGUAAAUCACAGCUAGCGCUGGAAAGUGGGAUUUUUCUUCCACGUUACUAUCUCCGCCAAGGACCGGAGACUGGAUCGGGCGGAAGUGUAUCAAGAUCUUUGACACACAUGACACAGAGCAGCGCGGAACAAAAUCUUCGUUCUUAUCUCGUAAAUGUUAACAUACAGUAUACAUAAACAAUAUCCCCAACAAUAUACACAUUCACACAUUUCCGAUUCCAAUCACAAAUAGUAAGGAGUGCUAGGAGGCGAACCGAACCGUCAACUCCUGUGUGUGGUUAUAGGGCCACCAAGCAAGAUCAGGAGAGAUUUUAGAUAGUAACGUUUUUAACCAAUUUUUAAUUGAUUAGCCAUGGACACAGGGCAAGCCCUCGCCAAACGCGCGAGGGCACUAAGCAUGAUGAUGAUGAUGAUGAUGCAGGAGCGAUGGUAGCGAUCCGUUUGAUUCGGUUUUGUAAAUAUUACCACGAAAAAAAUUCCAAGAAUUUUUCGUUUCACCAAAUCUUAGACUAGUGUGUAGAUAAGCCACUCAUAGACUAGUGUAUCUAAAUCGUAGCUUUUUAUGAUUUACCCGGAGCCAUUCGGCUCGCGGUGUACUCACUCUUCUACUUCUGAUAGGCGAUAACGACGGCGGCGGCGAAUUCCACGAUUUGCGUGUUCCGGGAGCACCCUUGCCCUUGAAGGAACUGGUGGAACUGAAACAACAACCCAAACUUACUGAAAGUACCUUUCGCCACUAACGAUAUAAAGCAAUCCGAUAUUUCACUCCUCAACAGCGUAAAGAGCGAAGCUCCUGAACAGAGGCACACUGGUUGGAGUUGUGUUUUUAAGGAUAGAGGCACCGGAUGUUGGUGAAAGUUUAUGCUAGUGUAAAACGGAGCCUUCUUUUCCUUCGGGCGAAGCAUAUACAACCCAACGUGCCGAUAUCCUUGGUACCGACCCGAAAGACGAGAAUGGAACGAUCUCUUUCGCGAACGAGCUUCUUCGAAUAUUGAAAACAAAACCGUAGCUGUUUACUGACUAUUGUGUGUAGACUAUUGUGUACUUUUCAUCAUUUUCCAUUUAGUCGUGUGUUUCUGCUCGAUAAUAUUUGAUAUUACCACUGUUUGAGCUUUCCGAUAUAACUGUUCACUUUCUUUGCAUAUCCCACUGUAAGUGCUAAAACCUAAGACAUUACUUGUUCGGCCGCAUCCGGAAUCGGCCCAGAAGCCAGGGUGAUCUUGUGGGGCGGGAGCGAAAUCAACAGAAACUUGUGAAACAAUGCUGAAGGAAUAAAAACCGUUGAACCGUGGUGCGAAUGGAGCACGUUCUCCGUAAAGAAUGCAGAAACCGCACAGCAACAGGCGGUUCUGUCUGAUAAGUGAUAAUCUACUAUUCAAACUCUCAAAAGAAGAAUUUUCGAGGAGAUAAAAAACCAACACAAUAAA